CCCGAGCAGGCGCCGGCCGCUGGGACCUGAGCGCCGGAGCCCUCGGCCGGCGGGAGCGCGGGCCGGAGCCGCUGAGGUCAAGAAGAAACUGCCAUUGAAAGAUAGUGAGUGACUGUUUCCAAAACAGCAAGCAUCGGGGGAGCAGCCAGAAAUGUUAACAGGAAGCUUAAAUUACCUAAAUGACUGAUAAUGGUUUCCAGCUGCCAAAGAAGGUUGUGGAUGCCAAGAGAAAGGUAACCAUUUCUCAACCCCCUGAGUGGAAUUGGAUGCCUCUAGGAGCCCACAUUGGCUGGCAGUAGACAUGGCUGAAUUUGCAAGCUACAAGGAUACUGCCUCCAGCCGCCACCUGCGGUUUAAGUUACAGAGUCUAAGUCGCCGCCUUGAUGAGUUGGAGGAAGCCACAAAAAACCUCCAGAAAGCAGAGGAUGAGCUCCUGGAUCUUCAGGACAAGGUGAUUCAGGCGGAAGGCAGCAACUCCAGCAUGUUGGCUGAAAUUGAAGUACUACGCCAGCGGGUGCUGAGAAUAGAAGGGAAAGAUGAGGAAAUUAAGAGAGCAGAGGAUCUGUGUCAUCUGAUGAAGGAGAAACUUGAAGAGGAGGAAAACCUCACUCGGGAGCUGAAAUCUGAGAUUGAGCGGCUUCAGAAACGAAUGGCUGAAUUAGAGAAGCUAGAGGAGGCCUUUAGCAGGAGUAAGAAUGACUGUACCCAGCUUUGUUUGAGCCUGAAUGAAGAGAGAAAUCUGACCAAGAAAAUCUCCUCUGAGCUGGAAAUGCUCAGAGUUAAAGUGAAAGAACUAGAAUCUUCCGAGGACCGCCUGGAUAAAACUGAGCAGAAUUUAGUGUCAGAGUUAGAAAAGCUGAAAUCAUUAACUCUGAGCUUUGUAAGUGAGAGAAAAUACUUGAAUGAAAAGGAGAAAGAAAAUGAGAAGUUGAUAAAAGAGCUCACUCAAAAACUAGAGCAGAACAAAAAAAUUAACCGAGAUUAUACAAGGAAUGCUUCUAAUCUUCUAGAAAGGAAUGACCUGCGGAUUGAAGAUGGUAUCUCCUCCACUCUGCCGUCCAAAGAAUCGAGAAGGAAGGGCACUCUGGACUAUCUAAAGCAGGUAGAGAAUGAAACAAGAAACAAAUCAGAAAAUGAAAAAAACCAAAAUCAAGAAGACAACAAAGUCAAAGAUCUUAACCAAGAGAUUGAGAAACUUAAGACGCAAAUCAAACAUUUUGAAUCUUUGGAAGAAGAGCUUAAGAAAAUGAGGGCCAAAAAUAAUGAUCUUCAGGAUAAUUACCUAAGUGAACAAAAUAAAAACAAAUUUUUAGCCAGCCAGCUGGAGGAGAUAAAGCUCCAAAUCAAGAAACAGAAAGAGUUAGAAAAUGGGGAGGUAGAAGGAGAAGAUGUUUUCCUGUCCAGCAAAGGCAGGCAUGAGAGGACUAAGUUUAGAGGCCAUGGGAGUGAGGCAUCUGUGUCCAAGCACAUAUCCCGGGAACUGUCUCCUCAGCAUAAGCGGGAAAGGCUCCGAAACAGGGAGUUUGCUCUCAACAAUGAGAACUAUUCUCUGAGCAGCAGGCAGGUUUCCUCUCCCAGCUUCACCAACAGGAGAGCAGCCAAAGCUUCCAAUAUGGGGGCAGGUACAGACAGUGGGACUCAGGAGACAAAGAGAACUGAAGACCGAUUUGUGCCUGGAUCCUCUCAGAGUGAAGGGAAGAAGUGCAGGGAACAGCCGUCAGUGCUUAGCCGGUACCCCCCAGCUGCUCAGGAGCACAAUAAAGUUUGGAAGGGAACUCCCAAGCCAGGCACUGAGAGCGGAUUGAAGGGAAAAGCAGAGAAGACAACACGAACAUUUAGUGACACCACCCAUGGAUCUGUUCCCAAUGACACAUUGGGUAGAGCUGACAAGGCCUCUGACACCUCUGAGGCCGUCUUUGGCAAGAGGGGACAGAUGCCUGGCAAUGGAAGUCAGAUAACUCAGGCCACAGAUUCUGGCUAUUCUAAGGCUGUUGGGCCUCUGGCCUCAUCUCGAAGAUCCUCCUCAGAAGGGAUCUCUAAGGGCAAAAAGGCUGUUAAUGGUUCAGAGGCUGAUACCAGUUCCCCAAAUUCCAAGGCUCCUAUUUUAUCAAAGUAUCCUUACAGCUCCAGAAGCCAAGAGAACAUCCUUCAGGGCUUUUCAACCCCAAAUAAAGAAGGAGUUGAUCAACCUGUAGCCGUUGUGAUGGAAGACAGCAGUCAGCACGAAGCCCUGAGGUGUCGAGUCAUCAAAUCCAGUGGCACAGAAAAGCCAGACUCAGACGAUGACUUGGACAUAGCAUCUCUUGUUACUGCCAAGUUGGUGAACACAACCGUCACUCCAGAGCCCGAGCCCAAACUAUACCCUAACUCCAGAGAAAAGGCCAAAUCCCAAGGGGGACUUAGAACCUCCCUGUUUGAGAAUGAUAAAGAUACUGGGAUGGAGAAUGAAUCUGUGAAACCUGUCAAAGCUUCCACCAGUGCCACAGAAUUCCCAGAUAUCAAUGGUGCUGGGGUAAAAAGCCAAAGGCCCUUUAGCCCCAGAGAGGCCUUGCGGUCUAGAGCUGUCAUCAAACCUGUUAUCAUUGAUAAGGAUGUGAAAAAAAUUAUGGGAGGAUCUAGAGCUGAGGCUAUUUUGGAGAAACAGAAAUCCACUUCCAAACCAGGGCCAAACAAAGUGACAAGCAGCAUUACCAUCUAUCCCUCUGACAGCAGCAGCCCUAGGGCCACUUCAGGUGAGGCCCUGAGGGAAAGGCACACAUCAACCAGCAACAUCCAGGUUGGGGCACCAGAGCUUACAUCAGCUAGCAACCACGUCAGCUCCCCUUUUGAGCUCUCCAUUCACAAACAUGAUAUCACCUUGCAGCUCACAGAAGCUGAAAGAAUGGGAGAUGGGCCCCUGAAGAACAGGUCAGAAACAGUAGUCUCUCGGAGCAGCAUUAUAAUCAAGCCAUCAGAUACUGUGGAGAGGAAUAGCCAUGCACCCGCAGCAGAGACAAUCAGGUGGAAAAGCCAUAGUGCCCCUUCAGAUGAGGGCUGCUCAGACGCCAGACAUGUCACUGUACGGAAUGCCUGGAAGAGCAGGCGAGACUUGAAAUCUUUAGAAGACCCCUCUACUCGAAUAGGUAAAAACGUGGAAUCUACCAAUGCUUAUAUUCAGAGGUCUUCCACAGACUUCUCAGAACUUGAGCAGCCCAGGUCCUACCUUUUUGAGCAGGGCACCCGAAGGCUAGGAAAUUCAGGGGAUGCCCCUGAGCUCUCCUCCAGAAGGACCCAAAGUAGCCUCACCGUGUCAGAGGUGCUCACCCGUUGGAAUCGGGUUGGAGACACUGUCACAGCUACAGCCUGGAACCAUUCAGCAGGCAUGGAGGAAGGUGAAGACUGCACACUCAGUUUCCACAGGAAACUGCACAAUUCCCUGGAACGGUCCGAGCUGCCUGUGAAGCAGGGGCUGCCAGAACCUGGGCAAGUACGGGCUGAGGAACGACUACGGCCAACCAGGCUCUGUUCCGAGGAAAACUGAGCCAGCUGGGUGAGGUCUGCUGUCUCUCCUCUACUCCUGCUUCUCAGCUCUUCCACCUUCCUGCCCUGUGAAGGAUCC